AUGUCCGAGAGCCAGAUGUCAGAUACCGCCAGCGACUCAGCCUCGAUGCUUGCUGAAGAGGGAAAAACUCUCGAACUCGUGCACCAGGUUCUCGAAUCAUUUCAAAAUGCCCGAGGCAGCAUGGUCUUUGCCUGCGGCGGAACCGUGCCAAUCCCUGCCGCAAAAGAUACGACCCAAGAAACCGCCAUAGCCAUCGAUCCAGCGCCAACAUCAGCUGCUAGGCGUGAAGACGAUUUAGACGAGAAGGCCACCGCAGCCGAGUUUGAGCAGAUUGGUCAGCCAGCCGGAUGCCGGCUCCUGGGCAAUGAUUUAUCAUUCUAUGCUGACGACAAUUCACCAUUUGAAGAUGAAUCAGAAAUGGCGGGCGUCUUGAACAAGUGGAUGGCAAAACGGCCAAAAGGGCUUCAAGACCAUACAGAGCAACAGGAUCGCGUGCUGUACGAAGAGGUUGCCUGGCUCAACCGCUCUGGACAUCACAAAGAGCCGCAGAUCGCAUAUGCCGCCUACGGCAACGAGGCCAACGCUGCCAUGAUGUACUCCACUUGUGGUAUAGUCGCUAUGGUUUCCCCUUACACCACUCGAAAGGCUCUGCUAGGAGUGGAUUAG